AUGGCUUCACCUUAUGUUGAAAGAGUUCUAUUGUCACUCCUAGCGAUAUUCAUCCCCCCUGUCGCUGUCGGUUUGCGAGUGGGAUUUAGAACAAAGGACACAUUGAUAAAUGUUCUUUUUACUAUUAUCCUCUUCGUUUUUGGCGUAGCUCACGCCCUAUACGUUAUCUUCACGACAAGCAAUAUCAGUGCUAGUAGCCAUUCAGAUUACACUUCUCUGGAUAACAAGGAUGACUUAGAAGCACAGAUUGCUACAGUUCCAUCAGCAGACUCACGGGGGCACAACGUAACGUCGAACGAUGAACAAUCUUUCUUUAGAGAUCAGGUUCAGGAGCAACCUCAGGAUUACUCUGAAGGACAUUCUCAGGAUUACUCUGAAGCACAUUCUCAGGAGCAGCCUCCAAAUUACAAUGAUGUUGCCCGUCCUGGCGUAUUGACGGCUGCACAGGCCGCAACGGAUUUUAAGAUCCAGCACUAG